UUUGGGUUUAUCUCUCUCUUAUCCUGAUAUUAUCAUCCAUUACAUAAACAUCAAACCUUUUUAUAACUUUUCAAUAAUUCUUUUCACCAUUCACGUUUCCCCUCUUGUGCCCAAUUCUUAUCUGAAUCAGAUUUCUCAUAUAUUAAUUCAAAGGUUUCGUUUUUUUUUUGUGACUUGGGUUUUGUUUUACUCUGUAUCCGAAUCGCAAAGUUUUCCUCUUUUCCUGGGGGAACAAAUCCUUACACAAUUCUGCUUUCUGAGGGGAAUUUGAAGCUGUUCUAAGUUAUAAGCCAUUCUAGCUGAUUCUUCUUCUUCUACUACUUCUUCAGCAGACUGGAUUUGGAUUGAUCGUAGAUGAGACCAUUCAUUAGAUCAUCAUCUCUCUGUAGGAUUAGAUGGGCUCUUAGGAACAAUCAAGAACGCAGUGUCUCAUCUUUCAACUCCAAAAGCCGCAGACUUUUGAUCGGUGUCAGUCAAAAUCAAGCUCUGGUGAAUACAACAAACACUGAUCAUUCAAGUUUGUGUUCGAGGUUGAGUAUCUUGAGAGGUUUAUCAGCUGAAGCAGUUGAAGCAGCUGAUGCUGCUACUACUAGGCUCACCGUCUCAGAUGUGAAUAGAACAGGUCCGCUUGUUGAGUAUGAGAGAAGAAUCAGUGAUGGUGAACUCAUGACUGGUGAUAUCUGCCAAAUUAGUGCAUUGAGAGAGCUUCAGAGACUUCAUGAUGAGCUUGUGGAAUCAGUAGAUACAUGUCGUUUGGAUCGGUACAAUACUUCUGAUAAAUUCUCAAGAAGCCGUUGGUUUUGGUCUCGGCUCAUGCCACAGUCUUCAUACUCACCUGUCAAUGGAUUAUAUCUUUAUGGAGGUGUAGGCACAGGAAAAACUAUGUUGAUGGACUUAUUCUUUGAUCAAUUGCCUUGUACUUGGAAGAAGCAGAGGAUACAUUUCCAUGAUUUCAUGUUGAGUGUUCAUAGCCGCUUGCAAAAGCACAAGGGUUUAUCAGAUCCACUUGAAGUUGUUGCCCAAGAGAUAGCUCAUGAUGCAAUCUUGCUAUGUCUAGAUGAGUUCAUGGUAACUGAUGUUGCAGAUGCUCUGAUACUUAACCGACUCUUUGGACAUCUCUUCAGCAAUGGCGUUAUUCUUGUUGCUACAUCGAACCGUAAUCCUGAUAAACUCUAUGAAGGAGGACUCCAGAGAGAUCUCUUCCUACCUUUCAUUUCCUCAUUGAAGGAACGGUGUGUGGUUCAUGAGAUUGGCUCAUCUGUUGAUUACCGGAAACUAACUUCGGCUGAGCAAGGAUUCUAUUUCAUUGGUAAAGAUCUUUCGACCCUUUUGAAACAGAAGUUCCAAGAACUGAUUGGAGACAAUGUUAUUGCACGUCCACAGGAAGUAGAAGUGGUGAUGGGAAGAAAAUUACAGGUUCCCUUAGGUGCCAAUGGAUGUGCAUACUUUCCUUUUGAAGAGUUAUGUGAUCGACCUCUUGGAGCCGCGGAUUACUUCGGAUUGUUCAAGAAGUUUCAUACUCUUGCAUUGGAAGGAAUUCCUGUGUUUGGGCUUCAUAACCGGACUGCUGCAUAUAGAUUUGUCACGCUAGUCGAUGUGAUGUAUGAGAACAGAGCCAGGUUGUCGUGUACAGCAGAAGCAAGUCCUCAAGAACUCUUGGAGAAGAUUGUAACAAUCUCAGAGGCAAAAUCUAUGGCUCCACGAACAUCAUCGAGAUCAAGAAAGAACGAUGUUACUGAGCUCUGCGUGGAUAACGAAUUAGGUUUUGCAAAAGACAGAACCAUCAGUAGAUUAACAGAAAUGAACAGCAAAGAGUACUUGGAGCAACAUGCCAUAUCACAGAAUCUGUAAUACUCAUACAAAACCCUUCAUGGUUUACAUGAAAUUCAAUUGAAUCCUAUAAGAACUUCUUGUAUUUUCUGUGUCACACCAACAUAUUGAUAAGAACCAUGAAAAAAAUUGAAAUUUAUCUUAUUGUUGUAACA